UACGACAACAGGGACCACCAAAAAUGUAAACUGUCCACGUUGGGCAGACGCCGGUUUACAUUUCACAGCUGGAGAUCGAAAAUAGAAAACCCCAGUAGACUGUUUUGAUUCAUAGAGGAAAGGGAUGCAAACAUGAAAUGAGACCAAAAUGUAUCACAACUCCAAGAAAAAGAAUGAGAGUUUUCUUAUGUAUUUUUAUUCUUUAUCAAAUAUCUGACUAUGACAGUUAUAAAUGUCAAGCUAAAACAGUAGCGGGGGCAUUUUCUUCAGUAGCUGCUCAGAGAGGAUGGGGGCAGUACGUCACAACGUUUUGUUUUCACGGGAAUGCCUUGAUAAAUUACACCCUGGAGGUUGGAGAGGGGAACUUAGAGGAGUAUAAACCCCAGUUGUUACUGUUCACAAAACAGGACUUAGAAGAUCUCGAGGAGGAAGACUGUUCAGAAAAAAUCAGCCGAGCCUCAUUUACAUUCGAGUUGAGAAAUACAACAGGAAACCUGAGUGUUAUUGCUCCAACCAAUCCACACUUGUAUCAUGUCAUGUAUGGGGACCAGUUAACAUGUCUGGAUACAGACUCAAACGAGGACUCAGAUUCCAGUUCGUUCAAGUUCAGAAUCCAGUUGUUAAAUCCAGACAGUCUGGGAAAUCCAACCGAACACUUUGGAGAUGACGAAACCGGUCUGCUGCGGUUCUAUCAGCUGCUGACCCUGGCGUACUUUGUACUUGGCUGUAUAUUUGCUCCGCGACUCUACGAGACUCUGAGUAAGGGGGGACCCAUGCAGCUAGUGAUUAUACUUCUUACUGUCUCAACUUGUCUACAGGCCACAGGGACCUUUAUCAUGAUGAUACAUCUGGCCAGAUAUUCCAAGGAUGGAAUGGGAUCUGCAGCCAUUGAGUUCUUUGCUGAAUUCUUUGAUGUGCUGUCCCAGUUUGCUAUGCUGUAUAUGCUCCUGAGCCUCAGUCUUGGCUGGACUUUGGGCACCUCCUAUAGAUUUGCACACCUGCAGAUGGUCAGUCGAAAACCAGCCGCUAAAGUUGUAGGCGUACUGGGAAUAGUUCAGGCUGUUUUGUUUGUGUGGGAGCAGAUUCAGGACAGUGACCAUAGGAUGUACCAUGCACAUCGUAGCUUUGCAGGAAUAGCCCUAGUCAUUUUACGAAUCCUUCUAGCAGCCUUGUUUGCAUGGAAUCUUAAUGUUACCGUGUCAUCAGAGCGCAGUGCUUUAAGACGAGAAUUCUAUAAAUCAUUUACUAAGAGCUGUAUGCUUUGGUUUUUAUGCUAUCCACUUUUAGUUGUCCUAUCCUGGAUAUUCUAUGAAUAUCUACGUUAUAAGCUAAUCACAAUGGGGGUGGUAUUAUGUCAGUGCUGUGCCGUCGGCAUGUUGUACAAAUUGUUCUUCUCUAGAAGUCUGUACUGGGAAAUAUCUGCACUCUCCAGCACACUUCCACUGAGAAUGGACAGAACUUUAGGACAUAAACUGUACUCCUGACCAAUCUUUUGAUCAUGUACUGUAGUCCUUAUCACUCUGUAUUUUGUCUUUCCUUCGAGAAAGACAUCUU